AUGGCGGCUCAGGCGGCAGCGGCGGCCCAGGCGGCGGCGGCCCAGGCAGCACAGGCCGAGGCAUCCGAGUCGUGGUACUUAGCGCUUCUGGGUUUCGCCGAGCACUUCCGCACUUCCAGUCCGCCCAAGAUCCGCCUGUGCGUGCACUGCCUACAGGCCGUGUUCCCCUUCAAGCCGCCGCAGCGCAUCGAGGCCCGCACGCACCUGCAGCUCGGCUCCGUGCUCUACCACCACACCAAGAACAGCGAGCAGGCGCGCAGCCACCUGGAGAAGGCGUGGUUGAUAUCUCAACAAAUCCCACAGUUUGAAGAUGUUAAAUUUGAAGCAGCAAGUCUGUUGUCUGAAUUAUACUGUCAAGAGAAUUCCGUUGAUGCGGCAAAGCCUUUGCUGCGAAAAGCAAUCCAGAUCUCACAGCAGACCCCAUACUGGCACUGCCGCCUACUCUUCCAGCUCGCUCAACUGCACACACUUGAGAAGGACCUGGUGUCAGCCUGCGACCUCCUGGGUGUGGGGGCUGAGUACGCCCGUGUGGUAGGAUCUGAGUACACACGGGCACUGUUCCUGCUCAGCAAGGGGAUGCUACUGCUCAUGGAGCGCAAGUUGCAGGAAGUCCACCCGCUGCUGACCCUCUGUGGACAGAUCGUCGAGAACUGGCAGGGGAACCCCAUCCAAAAGGAGUCGCUGCGCGUCUUCUUCCUGGUGCUCCAGGUGACACACUACCUGGAUGCUGGGCAGGUGAAAAGUGUGAAGCCAUGCCUGAAGCAGCUGCAGCAGUGCAUCCAGACCAUCUCCACACUGCACGACGACGAGAUCCUACCCAGCAACCCCGCCGACCUCUUCCACUGGCUGCCCAAGGAGCACAUGUGCGUGCUCGUCUACCUGGUCACCGUAAUGCACUCCAUGCAGGCCGGCUACCUGGAGAAGGCACAGAAGUACACGGACAAGGCCCUCAUGCAGCUGGAGAAGCUCAAGAUGCUCGACUGCAGCCCGAUCCUAUCCUCCUUCCAAGUGAUCCUUCUGGAGCACAUCAUCAUGUGCCGGCUUGUCACGGGGCACAAAGCCACCGCACUGCAGGAGAUCUCCCAGGUCUGCCAGCUGUGCCAGCAGUCACCCCGGCUCUUCUCCAACCAUGCGGCACAGCUGCACACACUGCUGGGCCUGUACUGUGUCUCUGUCAACUGCAUGGACAACGCAGAAGCCCAGUUCACCACAGCCCUGCGGCUCACUAACCACCAGGAGCUAUGGGCCUUCAUCGUGACCAACCUGGCGAGUGUGUAUAUACGGGAAGGAAAUAGACACCAAGAGGUACUAUACAGUUUGCUUGAGCGGAUAAAUCCAGACCAUAGCUUCCCUGUCAGCUCACACUGCCUCCGAGCGGCGGCUUUCUACGUGCGCGGGCUCUUCUCCUUCUUCCAGGGACGCUACAAUGAGGCCAAGCGAUUUCUGCGGGAAACUCUGAAGAUGUCCAAUGCAGAGGAUCUAAACCGGCUCACAGCCUGCUCCCUCGUGCUCCUGGGCCACAUCUUCUAUGUGCUGGGGAACCACAGGGAGAGUAACAAUAUGGUGGUGCCUGCCAUGCAGCUGGCCAGCAAGAUCCCGGACAUGUCAGUGCAGCUGUGGUCAUCAGCCCUGCUAAGAGACCUGAACAAGGCUUGCGGGAACGCCAUGGAUGCCCACGAGGCUGCUCAGAUGCACCAGAACUUCUCACAGCAGCUGCUCCAGGACCACAUCGAGGCCUGCAGCCUCCCCGAGCAUAACCUCAUCACGUGGACAGAUGGCCCGCCCCCUGUACAGUUCCAAGCUCAGAAUGGACCCAACACCAGCCUGGCCAGCCUCCUGUGAGGCCCCUGCAGGGGACCGCCCAGCUCCUCAGGGCCUCUGUGGGGCCCUGCAUGUCCCUGGCUUCCACCCAGAUAGCCGUGGAGCUUUCUCAGAGGUGUGCUCGUGCAGGCCUCCCCAGGCUUCUUUCCAGACUGUCUCUAGAGCUUCCAAGUCCGGGAGUGUACAGGGCCAGGAGGGGAUGGCCACCAUUCCCACCUCACUCCAAGGCCCCCUGAGCUGAUACUUGCAGGUGGGACGUUGGAGCCGACUUUCUAGAGCCAUCCUUUAAAGUGGACGUUACCUGCCAGUCCUGCGUCCAUGUCUGAGUCACGCCUGCCAGGGAGCGUGUCUGGGUGGGGAGUGGGCACUGGCCUCGGGCCAGGUCUUGAUCUUGGGUGCCGGGUGGGCAGUACCUUGGGGAUGUCACUGCCUGCCUUUUCAUCACCUGGCCUGGAUGCCAGGCACUGGCCAGAGUGUUUCCUCUGCACAAGUCAGCUUUCAGGGCCCAGAGGCCAGUUGCCAGUUUCUGGCCCAAGUUUGGAAGGACAGGCGAUAGCCCAUGUGUGGGACCAAGCACACAUCCCAACACUUUUCCCAGCUUGCCUUUCUCUCCUGCAUUUGUCCCUGUGACAGCCAGGGCCUCUGGUCAGGGACCAUCGGGGACCCAGGAACUUGGCUUCCAAACAUCUGCAUCUUGAUUGGAUUUGCCAUCCUAUUGUGGGGGGUGCGUGUGCUUGUAAACAUGGGUAUGCAUGUGUGUGCACAGUACAGAUUCAGGGAGCUAGAGCCGAGGCUGCUGUGAGUGCACCAGCUGCCUUUACACAUCAUGUUUCUGCUGAGAGGCAGGAAGCAAGGAGAGGGCCUCCUCACCCAAAUUUAAGACCACCUCAUCAGCCCAACUCAGGGUGCAGGGCAUGGUCCCCUGUUGGAACUGGAACAAGGGGCUUUCUUCCCCGCAGCCCUGCGGCCAUCUCUGCAGUGGACAUUUGCAGGCAACUGCUCAGCCUCCUGGCCCCCUGCCCUUCUCUCAGGAGGGAAGGAUAUACGUCCCUGCCUUUCCUUCUGGGUUUGUAGAGGACAGCUUCAAAACCUUCUUGGCUGCUCUGCUCGUGUCUUGCAUAAUUGGGGAGGUGCCCCAGUGGUGAUAGUGGCAUUGGGAGUGGUAGCAGCAAGGAUCGGGUCAAGACAGCCACCCCUUCCAGCUUCCAGCACCCUCCUACGGGGUGGUGAGCAGUCUUGCUAGUCAGGGUGGGUGGUUUCAGGCCUUGUGACCCUUGCACAGUGAAGGCUGCUUCUCAGAGCAUUGGUGUCUGUGACUGAAGGAACAUCAGGAUUGCUGAGGGCAGCUGUUCAGGCUUGGAGGCCGGGUUGUGCCUUAGCCACAAGCAGAGCCAGCAACAACCCCACGGCCAGGCCAGCAUCUGGGCCAGUGACCUGCUGAUCAAAGGGAUGAAGCUGGUGGGGACUUCACUGUCUCUGGGUUGAGAGGGAGAACUUGGCCCUGUCCUGCCUGGGGUUGCCCCCUUAGCCAGCACCUCCGAAGUCCAUGAGGCCAGUAGGAGAGCAUGUGGUGCCGGCCCACAAGCUGUCCUGGUUCUGUCUUCCUCACAAACUGUGGCCUCUGCCCAACUCCACCCCCAGGUCCUCCCUUCCAUCUCUGAGACAGUCCCCCAUGUCUCCAUGAUCUGCCACUGCUGGCGUGGACCCCACACUGUCCAGCCUCUCCAGGCCCACAUACACUUCAAUCACGUUGUACAUCUUGUUUGUCUCUGCCUAUUUAUUUAAGCCUUUCUUUGCUUCUAGGGCAUUUUGUAUGUAGAGCAGUUGAAAUAAGAACCUCAGAACUUAACAUCUAUCCUGAUGUUAAAGUGCUUUUAGUGACCACAUUGUUAUCUAUGUGUAUGAAAAGUUAAAGAUAGGAUCUUCAGUUUACAAUUAAAAAUUUAGUACUCAAUAUUUAAUAUUCUACUUGAGCUUUGUGGAGGCCAAAUCAUGUGUGUGUGUGUGUGCGCGCGCGCGCGCGUGUGCAUGUGUGUCCAUGCGUGAGCUUUAAUCCUCCCCUUCACAGCAGCUUCUUCCAACUACAUAAAGCUCUGGAUAAGUACCUUCCUGUGAGUCUGAGGUCAGUGCCUCGCAGUUUCUCAAUCAGUCAUGAGAACGGAAGGCUGGCAGCAAGCCCCCAAAGAGAUGUUAUACACAGCACCCUAUAGCAAAAGGUUUAGAAAAAAUAGAUAAAAAUUCUAGACCUUUCGACAGACAGGGGAGAGGGGUAGGAGAAAGACUGUUGGCAGGUAACCUGCUGAAAGCUGGUCAGACCCUCCCGUGCACUUCCCACCCCAUCCUGGGCCUGUGGGUCUGGGGUCUGACCCAGGAGGCUGGGCAUGGCAGGGAGCGACGCCGUCUCCCCCCAGCCCCAUUUAACAGGAACGCAGGCAGGGAAAGCAAAACUGCUGCCUGGCAUGGUGGGUAGAUUUGUUGCUUGCGUUGUCUCUGUUUCGUUAGGGUUUCUUAAUAAGUACGUUUGGCAUAAUGUCUUUUAAUGGGUUUGUAAUAUCUUACAGUUUUAGCAGCCUGUAACUUUUCAGCUGGUGCUUUUAAUCAGGAAAAAAUUCUUUUGUAAAUAUAAAACAAUGUUUAAAAGACAUAACCAUAGAACAUA